AAAAAUUAUUCACGGUUUGUUUGUGUUCCCUGUACUCACUCACUCACAGACACAGUUCAGCAGACACAGAGGCGUGGUUGUUGUUGUUUUGACAAUCCGAGGAAAAUGGUGGUGGUUUUGUCGGAUCAGGAUGAAUUCGACGAGGAGCCCGGCGAGGUUGUCGAUUCGGCGCCACCGCAGAAGGUCGGCGAAGAGAGACAAUUCAGCGGUUUCAAGAAGAAGCUUCUCAAACGCGGACAGGGUUGGGAAUUCCCCAACUUCGACGACGUCGUAACUGUUCGCUGUGUUGGAAUUGGAACAUUGCUCGAUGGAACAACGUUUGAUUACACUAGGGAGAGGGAUCGACCUAGAACGUUUGCUCUGGGCAAAGAUGAUGUUGCUGCUGGGUUGGACCGUGGGAUUUGCACUAUGAAGAAAGGGGAGGUGGCAUUGUUCACGUUGCCCGGAGAUGGUGGUGAUGGUGAUUUUACGCGUGAUUCCGACGGCUCGGUUGUGCGGUUUGAGGUGGAGCUCGUUUCGUGGAUCACGGUGGUGGAUGUUUGCAAAGAUGGUGGAGUUGUCAAGAAGAUUAUGGAGAAGGGGAGUGGGAACGAGCGCCCCGGUGAUCUUGAUGAAGUGCUGGUGAAGUAUCAGGUGGUGCUUGAUGAUGGCACUGUUGUUGUGGAGACACCGGAAGGAGGAGUUGAGUUUCACGUGAAGGAUGGUCAUCUUUUUCCUAUAUUGCCGAAAGUAAUCAUGACUAUGACAAGGGGAGAGAAGGCUGAAUUAAUUGUCCAACCACAGUAUGCCUUUGGGGAGAAGGGGAGAGAAGCUGGCAGUGGGCUCUGUUCAAUUCCUCCGAAUUCAGUGCUGCAUGUUAAUAUUGAAUUGGUAUCCUUCAAACCUGUCAUAAAUGUUACUGGUGACUCCAAGGUGAUUAAAAAGAUUUUGAAAGAAGGAGAGGGUGUUUUCACAGCCAAUGAGGGUGCAAAUGUUACUGUGAGGUUUACAGCUAUGCUAGAAGAUGGCACUGUAUUUGAGAAAAGAGGAAUUGGUGAAACACAACCCUUGGAAUUCAUAACUGAUGAGGAACAAGUAAUUACUGGUCUAGACCGAGCCGUGGCAACAAUGAAGAAGGGUGAGAGAGCGAUAGUUAGCAUACAUCCUGAUUAUGCAUUUGGAAAUGUUGAAGUGAGACGAGAUCUUGCUAUUGUGCCACCAGGCGCGACUGUAGUCUAUGACGUUGAGAUGAUGGAUUUUAUUAAGGAGAAAGCACCAUGGGAAUUGAAUAGUAAGGAGAAAAUUGAGGUGGCUGGGAGGAUGAAAGAAGAAGGAAAUGUAUUAUUUAAAGGUGGCAAUUAUCAGCGAGCAGGGAAGAAAUAUGAAAAGGCUGCUGAUUUUGUUGAAGAAGAUGGAUCCUUUGGGGAUGAUGAGCAAAAGCAAGCUCAGACACUGAGAGUGUCAUGCUGGUUGAACGGUGCAGCUUGUAGCCUUAAACUUAAUGACUUUCCUGGAGCAAUCAAGCUAUGUUCACAGGUGCUUGAUGUUGAAUUUUGCAACGUGAAAGCUUUUUACAGACGAGCACAAGCAUAUAUAGAAACUGGAGAUUACCUUUUAGCAGAUGUAGACAUCAAGAAAGCUCUUGUGGUGGACCCACAAAACAGGGAGGUGAAGGUAAUCCAGAAGAAAUUGAAGCAACUUCAAGCUGACAGUGACAAAAAAGAUGCUAAGCUAUAUGAAAACAUGUUUGCACGUAAAACAAAGGACUCGCCCAUGGCUAUAAAGAGAUUGAAGGUUGAAAAAGAUGAGAGGGAAAAUGAAGAGGUUGCAAGAAUGGAAAUUGAUGAAGUUGCUGAUAGCCCAGUGAUUCAAUAGUUAAUUCUUGUUGAACCUGUAUAGAUUAUAAUAUAAAGUUUCUAUUAACAAAAUAUAUAAACUAGUAAAUGGAAGUUGCAAAUUCGAUUCGGAUGAAAAUCUACAUGUUCCAAUAGAAUUCAUUCAUGUAUACCAUCUUGUAAUAUUGCCACAUUUCAGAUGAACAUUAUACACACUACAUUCGCAUGCAAAUCUUGUUUAAUUUUAGCUCUUUACAUUUA